UGGCUAAAUACGAAUAAUAACAACAGAGUGUCAAUUGGGACGCGCUGAUGAAGAAAUUUCCAAAUUUACGCACAAAUAAUUGUUUAUAAUGUCUUCGCAAUGCCGGUUGUGUGGGGAUACCAUAUAUACCAAAGGCGCGCUUAAUAUUUUCAAUGGGUCCAAGCAAAUUAUCGUGCAAAUCGCCUUGCUGACGGGCAUUUGGCUCAAGGAUCAGCCGAAUAUGCCCCGAAAAAUGUGUUCCUGUUGUCUUCUUAGUCUUAAAAGUGCCAUAGCCUUUAGGGAGGUCUGCAUUAAGACCAACAAACGACUAUCAAACACUGUGAAAUCGGUCAGAACUAAAGAGGAGGAGGAGGAGGAUCUCGAUGAUGUGAGUAAUCCGUUAGAAGUCAGGCACACGGUAUCUACGAUAAAGAAGGAUGUUAAAGAGGAAGAGGACGACGUAUAUAUGGAAGAGGAGUUCAUUGAGGACCUGGAGGAUGACCUCUAUGCUACGGAUAGUCAAGAAGACAACGAGGAGAAGCCAGAGGAAGAUGAUAAGAAGAUACUGAAAGAAGAGGAGGAGACACAGGAUGAGGAGGCACUGGAAGAUUUCGAGGACGAUGAGGAGUGGACACAGGGUGAUGAGGAGAACUCUGAUACCCAGGACGACAGUGGUGAUGAUUCAGAUACAGAAGCCACUAUCAAAUCUCUAGUAUCUGAAGUCGUGGGAGAAGAGCAUCACGAGGGGAUACCCAAUGGGCAUUCCUCAAACGCUCUUAAAAAGUCAAGAAACAACGAGAACUCCCCUUCAGAAAGAAAUCGAAAGAAGUACAAAAGCAGUAAAGUCUUUGUUUGUGAUCACUGCGGCCGGAAAUUUAACGACAAGGGUAAUCUCAACCUGCACGUGCUGCGACACACGGGCGUCAAGCCCUUCGAAUGCCCAGAGUGCGGUCAGAGGGAGUUCAACAAGUACAUACUAAACAUACACAUCCGGGUAAAGCACCGCGGAGAGAAGCCCUACGCCUGCAAAUACUGCAAUGCGCAAUUCGAGAGCAGUACCAAGCGAACUCGCCACGAAAGGAGGACUCACAUAGUGCAGCCUGUGAAGCAAAAACCCUUUAAGUGCUCCUCCUGCGACUUGCGUUUCGAGAUCAGGUCUCAAAGGACGAAACACGAGAAAAUUCAUUCUGGAAUACGAGAGUUUCAGUGUAAAGUAUGCAAAGUUGCCUUCACCCGCGCCUCCAACUUGAAGAUCCACUGCAAGUCAAAGCAACACCAAAGGAAAGAGUUGGAGUUCAAUAGCAGAUCCAAAAACAAGAUUUCAGUUAAAUGAGGUACUCUACAUUUGUUGACAAGUGUUAAAUCUGUCAAUGACCACGAAAGCUAAUGUAUUUUUUUCAACAGAACAACCACGGUUUGAAUAAAACCUGUUUUUAAUUCAAGUAAACUAA